UGAAGUGAGUUGUUUACUAUUGUCGUGAAGCAAUCCCAUUGCUCCGAGCUAACUCUGCACUCAGUCCAACAGAAGCGAGGGCCAUCAUCAUGACAAAGGGAAGAAGAUCGUUGAUGAUUUCCUCGCUUUUCUUAUACCUGCUGAUGUUGUGCCUGCAACAUACGCCCCUGGCACAUUCCUCCAUUAGCAGCAACAACGACACGUGCAACCUGACGUUAGUGAGAAACUUGUGUGAACUGGAUCUCUUGAACAGAAGCACGGAUAGCAUAAGCGAGGAAGUUACAAGAACUGCACAGUGUUUUGUUAAAGAACCAGAACUCAAUUUAAACGUUAGUCACAGCGAGAGUGAAGAUUUAGACCAAGCAUUUGCCUGUCUGGCUACGGACAUUCAGAGAAUACUCAAAUGCAGUGAAAGUGUCGUAGCGCCUGAUACGUAUAUAAUGAAAUUGUUCUUCGAUGGUACUUUGGAUGACGAAGUGAACAAUACGAAUCUCUAUCGACAUGGCUGUAUGCUUUGCUUCACUGCACAGUUUUACAUGAUACUCUUGAACAGUAUGACAGCUAUAAAUUAUGACACAAAAAUAUGUGAGUUCGCCGGAAGUCAGUCAUUGAACAUCACACUUUGGUAUCAACUAACAGAAGAAGUACAAACAUUUGUUUAUGAAUUAAAUGUCAUGAAACAAAUUAGAUCAUACGAUAAUUUCAAGAACGUUUCAACAAGUCCUUGGUUUGAAAACUUUCUCGAUAUUGAAACUUGGAGAAACUAUGAAUUCAACGUGAGAACGUACAUAAUGAGUUUGAUGGACGAUCCAGAGUCUGAGCUUGGUGAUAACGUGAUGAUUCUCAUACUCUUCCUUCAUGGAACACUAUUUCUAAUCGGUUUCAUCGGCAACGUAAUUCUUUUCUUAAUUUUCGCUCGACAUAGGGAAAUGCUUUCAUCUAAUAAUGUUAUUAUACUUAAUCUUGCUAUUGGCGACAGUUUCUCCCUUAUAUGCAAUAUCAUAGUUUCAUAUAUGUACAAUUUAUCUGGUUCCAUGGUAGUGGGCUUCUUGGUCUGCCUGUCAAUCACACUCUUCAUCCCACUGAGUACUGGGAUAUGUGUUUACUCUGUGACAAUGUUAAGUAUUCAGAGAUAUUUUGCACUUACUCAUAUGGGGAAGGACCGCGGAUGUAGAAUUCUCAGACGCUUCAGCUCUGUCCUCUUCAUAUGUACUAUAUGGGUCCUAGCAUGUGCAUCUGCUGUUCCUCAGUUUCUGAAGACGGAGUUCUAUGAAGAUUACUGCACUGUUGAACUUACAGACUUUGUUACACUGUUCAACGUUGUAGUGUAUUGUGUCAUACCUCUCCUUCUCAUGGCAACAUUUUCUACAGCAACUUCAUGGAAAAUGAGACAGAGCGUCCAGAAAAUGCCCGGUGAAGUUCUGGGUCAGCAGAAAGCCAGAAAUGCCCGUACAAGGAGUGCAAAUAUACUUAUAGGCUUAAUUGUCGUUUUUGCAAUCAGCUAUGUUCCAUAUUAUCUCUUUUUGUUUGCGUAUAAAUAUUUUAACUUGGAGAAAAUCGGCUUCAAUCAAAUGUUCAUAAUUUCAUACUCUCUGAUCUUUGUGAAUUCUUGUUGUAAUCCAAUAGCCCUGUAUGCCGCGAGUGGAAAUUUUAGACAGUAUUUUAACCGGUAUCUGCUAUGGUUCUGUCGUUUUAGAUUAAAAUGCUGCAGAAGAAAAGAUGACGGCGAAUCAGUUUCCCAGACUACCCAGAAAUCUUCUAUUAAUUCUUCAAGCCUUUAGACUUGAAGAAUUAUGAGAGGAACUUAUGUUUUAGUUUGAUUUUAUUUCUUAUGGUACAAUUUUAAUCAGGGUUUGAAAUUAUGUUCCAAGACUUUUUACUGUAGAGGAUGUUUUUGGAUACAAUAUCCAAUUUAAAGGUAAAUAAUCAUGUUUCAUUAAAAUUCCAUAAUUUUUUAUAAUUGCUGGAACAACAUAUUUACUAAUGCAAUUGCCAAGACAACUAAAAAAACUAUCCCUGUAACAGGCCGUGGAGGCCCAUAGGGUUGUGAGACGUCGAGGCUCCCACAUUUUUUAGAUAAUUGGCUCACAGAUGAAGGUGAGUAUUCAGCCUUAUGAGCCGAGUCAAGACAACUAACAGAGUUUUAAUUACAUAGGGUAAUAAUUCUUAAGAACGGUAACACCAUUCAAUAUUACAAGUCAUUAGUAACAAUAAACAUUAAAUAAUCAUUGUCAGGUUGGAUAAUUUUUUACCACCACUCUAUUAUUCCCACUUUAACAACUGCAAUCUUACAUUAGUCAAAUAUUUGUGUUAUGAUGUUUCAGAUUCAUUCAAAAUUCAUUUUUCUGAGCAAUUGUAAAUAUUGAAAAUUUAUAUACCCUUGAAACAACAUUAUCCCGCGUAGCCGUAAUACUUAUAGUAAUGUAAUUUCUACAAGAAUCGUUUUCUUAUUGUAAGAUGAAUUAGAGGCUGUCCUCAGUUUACAUUCAAACUGUUUAAUAUAAAACUCCAAAAUAUUUGCCGUAAAAUGUUACAACUUUUUCCUCGAUUGUCGUUUGUUUUUUAAUAAGGUUGUAUAUUCUGAAGGCAAUAUAGGCUUUUGGUUCAUAGAUUAAAUGUAAUCGUUUUGUGUAAUAAUCUUCAAAUGUUCACCCAACACUUCAUCCUCCACCAAGUUGAUAUACAUCCGGAUGGAAUUCAGAUCUCGAACCCAGUGAUAUACUUAUAUAAAACGUGUGGGUAACCAUGCUCUUGAAUCCACUCUAAAAUCCAUUACAACUACAAUUAUAUGUUUUAUAGGAGUAGAAAUUUGUAUCCUGGAAGAUAAAAGAAAUGGAAACUGUUUCAGAAUGUUCCUCUUUCUGUUUGCAACUUAACUGUUACGAUGGGAAGACAAGGAAAAUGAAAAUUCUAGCAGAGAAAAUAUAACGAAUCUCUUUUAUUUCUAAUACUGCUCCAGAGGGGUGAAAUAUAUGUGAAAGUAUUUCAUUUUCGAAACUACUGUCGGGAGGAAAAUGUGAUAGAACUAAAAAUGUUUAAGUAAUAUAUAUAUAUAUAUAUACCCGUAUGUGUGUGUGUGUGUUAAAUUACGAACAUAUAAUACUGCAGAAUCUGUAAUAUUUACGACUGUAUCUUCUGAAAUAUGUUCACGUGAAAUUCAUCUUCUGAACCGAGAGAAAGAAAUAAGAUCAGCUCCAACAGUAGCAUCACAGCAAUAAUAGUGACAAUGAUGAUGUGAUGAUGAUGAUAAUGAUAAUCAGUAUUUAGAUUUCAGUGCAUUUGUGGGGAUAUAUAUAGUAUAUAUGUAGUACUAAAGCCUUAUCGUGGAGAGGAGGUUUGCGUGGCCCUACUACCCGCAUAGUUAUGCUGGUGAGAGCGUCAGCUCCUGCUAGGGCGACCCAUGUCAAACCGGUCAAAAGGUAGGGGCCAGACGAAGCAUAGUGCCUGAUCCUUUGGGUUGGGGUUUUAGCGCGGGCCUAAUGACCCAACCCCGGGAAAUAUUUACUGCUACGAAACCACCACAGCCUAUGGAGGAGGCUAAGUCCCACACAAGGAGGUAGCGCCAGUGAAGAACAUAUCUAUGCAAUCUCGUAUAAAAUUAAAUAAAGUAGAAGGUAACUAUUUUAGGGCAGUGAAUAAUAUUUAUGUACAUUGUGUAUGUGUUUCUUUAGUCCACUUUUAACUGAACCGUUUACAUAACAUUCUCAAGACCACAACGCUUCUUUCAACACCCGGUCUUGGAAAUUCCGGCUGCAAUUUCAGUGCCAGUCAAGGUCAGGAACUUGAGAACAAAGAUGAAUCUGAAUCCUGCUGGCCAAGAGGAUCCCACACGCUGCCAUAAUGCUAGCCUUCUGAACUCCC